GUGAAAGAGCGAGUGAGGUAGAGAGAGAGGAAAACUGCAAAAUCUGUCAAGGUUUCCAGGCGUUCGCUCAUUCCUCUCGACGCCUGUGCAGCGCUGACUCGGGUCGCGUGCUGGACGAUGAGUUCAUUUAGCACCAGAGCGCUGACGCUCCUGUCGUCUGUGCUUGGGGCGUGCGGGUUACUCCUGGUGGGUGUGGCUGUGUCGACGGACUACUGGCUGUUAAUGGAAGAAGGCAUUGUCCUGCAGCAGAACCAGACCACAGAGGUGAAGAUGGCUCUGCAUUCUGGACUCUGGAGGGUGUGUUUUGUGGCUGGGCCAGAGAAGGGGAGAUGUGUGGCAUCUGAAUACUUCAUCGAGCCAGAAAUAGAGAUCACUACUGAGAACACAGCCAAUAUACUGAAAAUGGUCAGGACGGCCACCCCGUUUCCUAUGGUCUCACUCCUCUUUGUCUUCACGGCCUUUGUCAUAAGCAACAUCGGCCACAUCCGUCCCCAGCGCACCAUCCUGGCCUUCGUCUCUGGAAUCUUCUUCAUCUUAUCAGGUUUGAGUUUAGUUGUCGGUCUGGUGUUGUAUAUCUCCAGUAUCAAUGAUGAAGUGAUGAACAGGCCUCGGGAGCCGGAGCAGUUCUUUCACUACCACUACGGCUGGUCGUUUGCCUUUGCUGCCAGCUCCUUCCUGCUCAAAGAGGGUGCUGGAGUCAUGUCUGUCUAUCUCUUCAUGAAACGUUAUGCUGAGGAAGAGAUGUACCGGCCCCACCCUGCGCUGUAUCGCCCUCGCCUGUCUGAAUGCAGCGACUACAGCGGCCAGUACCUGCACCCCGACUCCUGGCCUCCUCCUCAGCGUGGACGCAGCGGCUCCGAGGUGUCCAGCGACAUCUCCAUUCAGCUCAACCAGACCCCACUGCCUCCUCUGCCAAAAAGCGGCGGGCCCUCCAAUCCACGCUCUUCCUCGGGCCCCUCGUCCGGGGCCAGCUAUCACCUCCCACCUGCUUCCUCCUCCUCUUCCUCUUCCUAUCCUCACACCAUCCACUCCUCCCAUUCCGUCGGCCAUGCCCCUCAGUCCCUCCCAAUGGCCACGCCCCCAUCUGCAGUCCUGCCCCCUCGCUACCAUGCGCAUAUGCGUAUGAGCGCCUCCCCUUGUUAGAUUUCCUCCGUUUAAGAUACUUAAACAACUGAAAUAUGGGCAUAACAUUAGACAAGAGGAUAAAUCUCCAGAGACUAUGGGAUCAAAAGGGUGCAAAGUUGAAAAGAGGUAGACGAGGAAGCGCUUCACUUACAAUUCUGUGCCUGAAUGAAGUUUAACAGAUUCUCAGAGCAAGAUUAAUAAGUGAAGGAAUAGCAUUUAUACAUAUAGAAAGAAUGUAUGGAGAAGAAAGGUACAAAAUACUGACUUGCUGAAAAUAGUUGAAAACAACUGUAUACAUAUUUAAAUUUCUAUGUAAAAUGUUUAAAUCUUAUUGCACACCAUAACAUUUUUCAUCCCCUCAUACCUCAUAUAUCAUGAGCACCAUGAGGCUAUUUAUACCAUUUCUUGUUUAUACUAAAGCAAAAAGACACGAAUGUGCCCUAAAGAGGGUGGAUUUCUUUAAAUGGUGUCGCAGAUUUAUUUCAGCGGACAAUUUCUGUACACAAUGUAUCAAGAGCAGUAGUCAUCUAGUGUAGUCCAACAUAUUUACCUACACGUUUUAUCAUGUGGGCAAAGAAAACUUUAGGUGCAGGGGGUUCGAUUUGUCCUUUAAUAUCAAUUUGUAAUGUUUUUAGAUUUGUACAUCAGGGUAGAUGUUCUACAAAGCUGGCUGAUGUUUCUUUACUGGGAUGUUGUACGCUUGGCCCCACGGCCCUCAAUAUGCCUUGUGUUUUCUUGUGCUCUCAUAU